AUGUAUUCGAGAAGUUUUAAUUGUGCUAAAGGGCUUUGCAAUAGUAGGAAUAGUAUAAUUCAGAUAUCAAAUCAGUUCCGAUGUAUAAGAUUAUAUAAUACUGAUCGAUUUUUAAAUUUAAUACAAACAUUAAAAAAAGAUAAGGGAAAAAUAUUUUUAUUCUUUAAGGAUGAUACAACAAAGUCAUGGAAGCAGCUUCGUUUUAUGGAAAAGGCUAGUCGGAUGGUUUCAAUUAGCUUAAAAUUAUCUAUUAUUAUUCUAGGAGUUGUUGUUUUAUCUUUAGCAAGCUACUCUUUAGGAAGUUAUCUUUUUGUUGUAGAGGCUCCUGCCAUAAAUACGUCUCUUGAAUAUAUAAAAAAUAAUGAGGAGGUUAGUAGAAAUUUAAUCGAAGAAAUUAAUAAUAGUCAGUGUAAAAGAUUACUUGGAAAUAAUAUAAAGGUGUUUAGUGGGUCUUUUCAAAAUAGUAUUCGUCGAAAUUCAUAUAUACCAUCUCAAAGAAUAAUAGAGCCAGAUGGUCGUGAACAAUUAAUUAUGCGAUUUUAUGUAAGAGGGGAUAAAUCCGAAGGUGAAGUAGGUCUUAAAAUGAUUAGAAAAACAUCUGAAGAAAGUUUUCAAUAUCAAUAUUUAUAUCUUGAUGUAAUGGUUGAUAAUUCUCUUCAAAGGAUAUGGCUAAUUGAUGUCAAUAAAGUUAAAAAUGAAACGAAAAAAAACAAUUUUCUUUUACGUUUCUGGGGAUUAAGAUAG